AUGGAGGAGCAACGACAACAACCGCAGGGUCCUCUCCCCAUUGACUGGAGCCGACAAUUUCAACACGACUCGCCGCCGCGGGAGGUCGUCGUCGUGCCGUCAUCCACGGUGGCCUCCGAUCAGGACGACCUCAACUCUAUUGCCGAUCACAAGCUGAAGGAGUCGAUUCAGAGCAAGAAGAGAACACUCGACGUUACCGGCAAGAAUUUGCCCGACAAUGGCGCCAAGCUUCGGGCCACCAUCGAACGCUACCAGCAGGAACUUAGUCGCCGGGAACUCAUGCGACUUCGCCAGGAAGUUGAUGAGGACCAGAAGCAACCCGAACAAGCUACAAGCUCAAGUGCUGUUACCGAGGGGGAUCUAAUGAUAUUUUGUGACAGCUCCAACAAAGUAACUUUUGAGACUUAUGUAUUUGUGUACUAUAGUGCAAUGACAAUGGCGUGGUAUUUGAGUUCUGCUAUUAAUGAUUCUAUGCAAAUCCGCUUUUGGGCAAUAUGGAACAUAAAUAGAGUUGUGGUUUUGAGUAAUAUUGAAAGUGCAGCAUGUGGUGGCUGGAGCAGUCUAGCCCUAUUUUGUAAUUCUGUUCUCAGUAGUUUUCAUCCAUUCCUCACCUAUGCAACCACUUCUAGGCAUUCCUUGUUCUUAUUCUCUAGCUUCUCUUGCAGUUUAACUUUUGUGUCUACUAAUGACUUGAGAGAAGAGAAUUCGUCGUCUCAAGUUCAGCCACAAUCCUCUUUUACAUCUUUGUUCGUUGAAAAGAUGCAAGAUAACACUAGUUGUACAGCUUCUGAUGCAUUUAAAAAGGAGAUGUCACAUUUCAAACAUCGUGACAACCAGAAAAUACAAGACAAUACAGCUUCUGAUGCAUUUAAAAAAGAGACGUCAUAUUUCAAACAGUGUGACAACCAGAAAAUACCAGACAAUGGAGCAUCUAGAAGAAGAAAGAGACAUCGUUCAUCAUCAAGACAAUUGCAGUUUCGAUGUCCUAGUAAACUUUCCAAACAUGAUUCUUUUAGUGACGGUAAAACCUGUAGAGCAACUUCCACUUUUGCUCUGCGGAAUAUUGGGAGAAAUCUAUCAAGAUGCUACCCAAAAGUGUCAUCACAUCAUCAUCAUUUGCUACAGAAAAUUACACGCAUGAUUUCCUCUUCUGCACCCUUUUCUAAUGUUGAAGAUGGUGGCAGAUAUGGCUUGAAGGAUACUUCUCAGGCAAUUCAAUUAGAUGGCCCAAGGUCCAGGAAGGGUCAGCCCAUUGUUCUUGAUGUUGAUGAUGAUGACGACGACGAUGAAGAUGAUGACAAAACUCAUAUUGUAGAGAAAACAGAAAACAGAUUUUCUAAAUACCUGAAAGAAGCCAAGAUCUAUUUUCCAUCAAGAGAUGAUCCAGAGUGUGUAGAAAUUUGUUACACAGACACAGAUUGCCUUGCCCCUGAAGGCUAUUUAACAUCAACGAUUAUGAACUUCUACAUUCAGAGCGUAUUGUCGUAUCUUUAUCUUACCUUCUACUCAGUUCUGGGUUUGUUACUCAUGAUAUUUCAUAUAUCCAGCCUUCACUGGAGCUUGAUCAUUAUUUGUAUCCCAGACAAAGAAGAUGAAUCGGGGCCAAUCAUACUUCAUUUGGAUUCUUUGGGUCUUCACUCUAGUAGAUCAGUUUUUGAUAAUAUUAAAAGCUAUUUGAUUGAAGAAAAGAACUAUAUGGAUCGGGAAAAUGUGUCUUCGGAUGUUUCAAUUGCAGACAGAAUAUGGAAGUGCCUUCCUCGUAGAAUUGAAUCUCAAAUCAUUGCGGUUCCCCAACAGAAGAAUGAGUAUGACUGUGGUCUUUUUGUAUUGUACUUCAUUGAACGUUUCAUGGAGGAGGCACCCGAGAGGCUGAAAAGGAAAGAUUUGGCAAUGUUUGGAAAGCGAUGGUUCAGACCUGAAGAGGCAUCCAAUUUGAGAUUGAAAAUCCGUAAAUUGCUUUUAGAAAAAUUACAGAAUUCAAUCCAGGAUAAUUGUGACUUAGAAUCUUCUCCCUCAUCAUCUGCUGGCCCUUCAACUGACUCAAGGAUUCCAGGACGUAACAUGCAAUCAUGA